AUGCAGCGCCUCCGUCGUACUAUAGCUGAUAGAUCGGCUUGUCUCGCUGCGGAGCGCAUGCGUUGCCUCCCACACCCCCUCCCCCACGCCCACGCCCGCGACGCCCAUACAUCACGCCGCAACGCCUCGUCGCCAGCAAACAACCGCCAGUGCCUCUCAUCCCACCUGCACUGUGCUGUCCCUCACGAACCAUCCCCCGCCCGCCUGUUUUGGAGGCCCAGACGGACGGGCGAUCAGGCGCAACGCCGGGCGUCCAUGGCCAGCCCCAGUCCGCUGGCACAGGACGAGCAGCAGCAGCAGCAGCAGCAAGAGCACUACGAAUCUACCCACCCACAUCCACCCUCUCUCUCUUCCCUCCUGUCCACCUCCCCCAACGCCAUCGCUGCUGUCGUCACUCUCGCCACCCUCUCCGACAGCAGGCCGCCCACCAGCUUUGGGCAAGACCAUGUGCAUGUCAUGGACGGGGACGGCGACGACGAAGACGACGACUACGACGGGGGCAUCUCUCUCCUAGACAUGCAGCACUUCAUGGAGGAGGAGUCCAUUGUGGGCAUCUACACGACGCAAGAGAACGAGGCCGUCACUGCACCCAUGCACGCAGUCAUGACACAGCACAGUCCUUUUUGGCCCCAUCUGACACCCCUCCCAACCUUGCCAGACCCAGCGCUCGACUUACUGGACGACGCCUCGAUCCCAUUCCAUGUAUCCAAUAUCCAAACGCCAUUGCAUCCGCCUUUCGUCUCCCAGCCCGUGAGCUCGGAUUCGAGCCUGGAGCCACCGCCACUAAUAUACGAUUUUACGGCCUGCGUCGUCGACAAUGCCGCCUUUAUGCCCAUUACCUCCUUUUUCCACAGAGUCGCUCCCCAGCGACCGACAGUGCCUGGCCUAGACCUCCAGGACCUCCCACCCUCCAUCACAAGGCACAAUCUCCGAGGCGACAGUCUCGACUGCCAGGGAAUUGACUGGACGGCACGAAAUACGACCCGAUCGGCUAUGCGGGCGAAGCGAGUCGAGUAUGAGACGGAGAGGCUGUCCUCGUUGGACAGGAACCUGCGAACAUUGAACCCCCCCGUGCCUAACAAGGACAGCUUUUUCCACUUCAGGCGCAACAACCUUCUCCACCGCCCCUUUAUCCCCCACUUCCAACUCCGCAAUAUAAUUACCUCCACCUCGCGCAACGACAUCUUCUACGUCAUUGGCAAAAAAAUCCUCCGUGCAGACGCCGACGGCACCUGUCCCGAACUCCUCACCGACCUGCACAAGCGCAUUGGCUCGGAAAGCCUCGUCACCACCAUCACUGCGCAAGACUCGACUCUGAUCACGGGCGCUUUUGACGGAGAAUACAGCAUCACAGACCUAUCUUCUGCCUACGGCUCUGCCCCCACCGUAGGCCGCAUUUCUCACUUUAACAGUGUCGAUAAAUCGCGAAUAGUAAACCAUCUCCACCUCUUCUCCUCACGCUUCACGACCUCGCCCCAAGCCGUCUUUUGCUCCAACAACAAACGGCUCCAGAUUCUGGAUUGCACGACAAACACCUUUACCCACACCUUUGCCUUUGACGAAUCGCCCAACUGCGCGGCCACGAGCCCAGACGGCCGAUUGCGCGUGAUCGUGGGCGACUUUACGGAAACGCUGAUUACCAAUGCGGAAACGGGACGGCCGUUUGAAGUCCUCAAGUCGCACCGCGACGCCGCCUUUGCCUGUGCAUGGGCCGACGACGGUGUGCACGUUGCCACGGCAGCCCAAGACCACAACAUUGUCAUUUGGGAUGCGAGGCACUGGGCGCGUCCCCUCAGUGUCCAGACGAGCGAACUCUCUAUUCCACGCUCCCUCCGCUUCUCCCCCGUCGGCUCCGGUCCACGUGUCUUGGUUUGCGCCGAGGCAGACGACUAUGUCGAUGUGUUUAAUGCGCAGACGUGGGCGUCGAAACAGACGUUUGACUUUUUCGGUCCGAUUGGUGGCGUCAGCUUUACGCCGGAUGGGCGCAGUUUGUUCGUGGCCAAUACGGAGAGGCGGUUUGGAGGGAUCAUCGAGUUGGAGAGGAGUGGAUGGGGGGAGGGAAAGAGGAGGAGAAGGGAUAAGAGGGCGAGGGGGAGGGGGAUGUGGGGUUUCAGGGGUCGGCAGCGUGACGACCAUGACUUUGACGAUGACCUUCAUGAUGAUGACGACGACGACGACGAUGGUGGAGAGGAUGUUGUGACUGAUUGGAUCCCUGAUUCUCAGCUUGAAGAAUCUCAGCGCGUGGUCGAGGGCGUGGUGGGGAGGGAGAGACGGGGACUGGAUUUUGAAGGGUUAGUGGUGUAA